CGUUAACUGCUUCUGGAACUGUCAAAGUCAGUCAAAGUGACAAUUAUCAAAAUCAAUUUUUCAUUUCCGGAUAAUCUAAAUUCCAAAUUCUAAAUGGCCGAUGAUGAAGCCCCUGAAAAAACCCCAGAGGGCAAGGAUUCACCAGGAGAAAAAGCCCCUGACGAGGCACCUGUAGAAGGUGGAGACACUGAAGGAUCUGCUGCACCGCCCCCUCCUAGGUCAGGCCAAGAUCCUUUGAAUACGGAGUUUCUCUACUACAGUUCAGUUCUACGAGUGGUGGGCCCUACUUUGACCCAUGAAAGUGACAGAAAGCUUAUUAUGCCAUGGGUUAGAAAGCUAUUCAGGCCUGAAUAUCACAGUUCGAAGCUCAGAGAAAAAAGAAAUAGAUACUUGGCCUACCUAUCGACCUCUCUGCUUUUGGAUGAAGCCAUAGGAGUUUUCCGACAAUACCCUCCAGACGCAGCCCUUCCAGAUCUCUCUACCCUUCCCAAGGAGCCUGUGGAGGCUGCAGAAUGGGAAAUGGACAAGACGUGGCAAGAAACUUUGGCUGGACUUCCAGAGGACUUUCAGAUGCUUGAGUGUUGUGUACAUGCAUCGGAGGAUGAGUGCAGUUCAGACCACAAACUGGACAAGAUUCUGGAUCAAGAAUUUCAACUGCUGCUAUACAUCGCAAAACCUUAUGCGUUUAUGAUUUUGAAUGGCAACGAUAGGACAAGGGUUGCAGCCUGGUUUCAAAUGUUGUGUUCUAUCCAUGGGGGCUCAUCUUGUUCCAGCAUGAAAGCUAUCAGAAAUGACUACCUAAUGGCUUUACUAGGGUACCUCCAGGAUUUGAGAGCAAUAGGCCCCUUUGCUGAUUUACCAAGCUGGAAAACACUAAGGCCACUGGCCGAAGCUGCAAAAACAGCUGCAGAGAACAGCCCAAUUAUAGAUCCAACUGGAUUAGAAGCGAAUGAGUUCCUUUUAAGUCAACCUGUCCCUGAAGAUGGCGCUUUCUGUUACAUCGCUCUUACCGGAGAGCUUGUGGUCAGCAAUCUCGUCGAAAAUUAAGUUGACCCUGUGGAAAUUUUCCGUGUAGAUAAUAGCGAAUAAAGCUGCAAUGUGAUCGUUAUUUCUGACUCUUCAAUUUAAUACACUUAAAUUGUCAUAGUUAGGCCACUUCGAGGGUAAAGCCCAAGUGCCAGGGUAUGAGUUGACAAAGGCGCCA